GUUGGAUGAGUCGCGGUAGCGCGCAGUAGAUGUGUAUGUUUUUUUAAUCGCAGGUUGGCUCGGUAAAACAGAAGGUGCAGCUGUUGUUUUUUCCCCCCUCAGAUUAGUUGCUGCUUUGUCUGUCCUGCACUGUUUUCCUAUUUUGGUUUUGAUACGGAAUAAGGUUUGAUUUUACGGUUUUUAAGGAACACCGCCGAAGGCCAGGAAUACGUGUUGCUGACUGCAGAGCACGCAGGAGCGACGGCCAUACCUGACAAGUCUUUUUUGGGGAGCGUAUAUAGCUUCCUUGCCUCCUUUUGUGGCCAGCAGAUCUCAGUAAAAUGAACGGGCCUGUUGCAAAGACUCCAGCAAAUACACCUGUAACAAAGGAAGAACUCGUGACCAAUGGCCAUGGUGAAGGCAAUUCUAACCCUUUUGAGGAGUACAUGUGGAUGGAAAACGAGGAGGACUAUAACAGGCAGGUAGAGGAGGAGCUGUUAGAACAGGAGUUCCUUGAGCGCUGUUUUCAGGAAAUGCUUGAUGAAGAAGACCAGGACUGGUUCAUUCCAGCGCGGGAUCUACCUGCGGGGAUGGGACAGAUCCAGCAGCAGCUUAAUGGGCUGUCGGUCAGCGACACUGAAAAGCAGGAAAUUGUGCGUAAAAGCAGUUUAAAUCCCGAGGCAAAAGAAUUUGUACCUGGAGUCAAGUAUUAGAAGAUCUGGAAUUGUCACAAAAAAUAAAAA